ACAGUGCACACUUUGAAACGUUUGCAGUGACGAUACCUUUUUGUAUAUGCCUACAAAAAACUAACCAUAAAAUCAUUGAUGCGAAAACACACUCAUUGCAUCAACAGAACACUUCUACUCCAUCUAGUCACAAAAGAACAGAAACAAUGGGAGUCCAAAACAUGCAAGCCAUUGAAAAUGUAGCAGUAGUCAUGGUCCCUUUCCCUGCACAAGGCCAUCUAAACCAGCUCCUACACCUCUCACGCCUCAUCUCCUCCCACAAUAUUCCUGUCCACUACGUCGCUUCUGCGACGCACAGCCGCCAGGCCAGGCUUCGAAUCCAGGGAUGGGAUCCUCUGUCAACUCAUUCCCAAUUGAUUCAUUUCCUUGAAUUUCCAACCCCUGCUUUUCACUCCCCUGAUCCCAACCCCCAUGACCCUGUUAAAUUCCCUUCCCACCUGCAGCCGUCUUUCGAUGCUGCCUUGCUCCUUCGACAGCCUGUGGCUUCUGUUCUAUCCAAACUUUCACCUACGGCCAAAAGGCUUGUUGUAAUUUAUGAUUCAAUAUUUCCAUCGGUUAUUCAGGACGUGGCUUCUAUACCAAACGGAGAGGCCUACUCUUUUCAGUCCGUCUCCACGUUCUGCAUCUCCUCUUACUACUGGGAAGCGUUGGGAAGACCUUCUGAGAUUGAUGAUGAUGUUGCAGAAAAGAUACCUUCUAAGGGAACUGCCACUACCAUGACCUCAGAAAUGAGGAAACUCGUUGAUAGCCAGAGUGAGUACCGCAAAUACAGCUCAGGUGCCCUUUUCAAUACUUGUCGAGCAAUUGAAGCUCCAUUUUUAGAUGUGCUUGCUAAGAUAAAUGCCAAACAAUGGGCUAUUGGACCAUUCAAUCCCAUUGAGAUGACCAAGAAUUCAACAAAGCAGAGGUACAACUACUCGGACUGGCUAGACAAUCAAGCUCCUGAUUCUGUAAUAUAUGUUUCUUUUGGAACAACAACUAGUCUAACCAAUGAACAGAUCCAUGCCAUUGCGGUUGGACUAGAAAACAGUGGCCAGAAAUUCAUUUGGGUUUUGCGAGAUGCUGACAGAGGAGAUAUAUUUGUGGGAGAUACAAGAGUAUGUCAAUUGCCAGAAGGGUAUGAAGAAAGAAUAAAAUUAAAAGGACAGGGGAUUAUAUUGAGAGAUUGGGCGCCACAACUGGAGAUUCUGGCUCACGCGUCCAUAGGAGGAUUUAUGAGUCAUUGUGGAUGGAAUUCGUGCAUGGAGAGUAUGAGUAUGGGAGUGCCUAUGGCAGCAUGGCCUAUGCAUUCUGACCAGCCUCAUAAUGCCUUGUUGGUUACUAAGGUGCUGAAAAUGGGCGUUGUGGUGAAGGAUUGGGCACACUGGGAUGAGUUUGUGGAGUCUUUGACAAUUGAGAAAGCUGUUAGAGAGUUGAUGGCGUCAAAACAAGGAGAAGAGUUAAGGAGGAGGGCGGUUGAGUUGAGUACUGCUAUUACAAAGUCGGUGGCAGGAGGAGAUACUCGUAGAGAAUUUGAUGAUUUCAUCGCUCACAUAUGUAGGCAGUCUUCGUCAUUCGCUAUUCUAGUUAUCCUAGAGGCACCAUCUUAUGCAAUACAUAAAUGUCCUGGUGUAUUUACAAGGAAUAUUGCCCUAGCUGCAAUGGCCAAGGAUGCCGAUGUAAAAGUGGUAAUGGUGCCUCUACUAGCACAAGGCCACUUAGGCCAACUCCUCCAUCUCUCCCGCCUCAUCUCCUCUUAUAACAUACCAGUCCACUAUGUCAGUACCACAACUCAUAUCCGCCAAGCCAGCAGUCGGCACCAGGGAUGGGACCUUCUAGCCUAUGACAAUAUUUACAUUCAUGAAUUCCCAAUCCCAGCUUUUCAGUGUCCAGCUCCCAACCCCAAUGCUCCAAAUAAGUUUCCUACUCAACUUCAGCCAGCAUUUGAAGCCUCCAUUUACCUCCGCGAGCCUGUCUGCAACUUCCUUACCUCUCUUUCCACCACUGCUCGUAAAAUUAUCAUCAUUCAUGACUAUUUUAUGGCUGCAGUGGUACAAGAUUCUAUUUCCUUACCUAAUGUUGACAAGUAUGUUUUUCAGAGUACUUCUGCUUUCUUUAAUUAUUCCUACAUUUGGGAAAUAGCAGGAAGGCCUAGUUCAGAUGAUGACCAUAUACUUCAACUACUCCAUUCUCUGGAAGUUUACGUGACUCCAGAAAUCUCGGCUUUCUGGGAAAAACAGCAAAUUCACCUCAAAAACAGCUCUGGUGAACUUUACAAUACUACCAGAGCAAUUGAAGGCCAUUACUUUGAUAUGCUCCAGAAAUACCAGGCAGACAGGAAACAUUGGGCCAUUGGACCCUUCAACCCUGUAGAUAUUUGCCAGAAACAAGACCAGCUACGACACAAAUGCUUACAGUGGCUAGACAAUCAAGCUCUGAAUUCAGUGAUAUAUGUUUCUUUUGGGACAACAACUACCCUAACUGAUGAACAAAUCCAUGCCAUUGCACUUGGCCUAGAAAAUAGUGGCCAAAAAUUUGUUUGGGUACUGAGAGACGCGGAUAAAGGAGAUAUAUUCAGCGGAGAUGUCAGAAAAUAUGAUUUGCCAACGAGGUACGAAGACAGAAUCUCUGAAACCAGACAAGGGAUGAUAGUGAGAGACUGGGCACCCCAGUUGGAUAUCUUGGCACAUGCCUCCACAGGGGGGUUUAUGAGUCACUGCGGAUGGAAUUCAUGCUUAGAAAGCCUGACAAUGGGAGUGCCUAUGGUUACAUGGCCAAUGCAUUCGGACCAGCCUCGAAAUGCUCUGCUAAUAACCAAGGUACUCAAACUAGGCAUUGAUGUCAAGGAAUGGACUCAAGAAAACGACUUAGUCGAAUCAUUCCAUAUUGAAAAUGCAGUUAAAAAGUUGAUAGCAUCCAAUGAAGGAGAUGAAAUGAGGAAAAGAGCGGCGGAGUUGAGAAAUGAAAUCAAGAAAUCUGUUGCAGAAGGCCUGGAAUUGGAUUCUUUUAUCGACCACAUUACAAGUUACUACGUCGCUUCUGCCACGCACAGCCGCCAGGCCAGGCUUCGAAUCCAGGGGUGGGAUCCUCUGUCAACUCAUUCCCAAUUGAUUCAUUUCCAUGAGUUUCCAACCCCUGCUUUUCAUUCCCCUGAUCCUAACCCCCAUGACCCUGUUAAAUUCCCUUCCCACCUGCAGCCGUCUUUCGAUGCUGCCUUGCUCCUUCGACAGCCUGUGGCUUCUGUUCUAUCAGAACUUUCACCUACUGUUAAAAGGCUUGUUGUUAUUUAUGACUCUAUAAUUCCUUCGGUUAUUCAGGAUGUGGCUUCUAUACCAAACGGAGAGGCCUACUCUUUUCAGUCUGUCUCCACGUUCUGUAUCUCGUCUUACUAUUGGGGAAUGGUGGGGAAGCCUCUCGGGAUGGAUGAUGAUGUCGUUAAUCAGAUACCUUCUGGAGGGAUUACGACUAUGAUGACUCAAGAAAUGAUGGAACUGCUUAAUAGCCAGAGUGAGUACCGCGAAUACAGUUCAGGUGCACUUUUCAAUACUUGUCGAGCAAUUGAAGCUCCUUUUCUGGAUGUACUUGAAAAGGUAAACGCGAAGCAAUGGGCUAUUGGACCAUUCAAUCCGGUUGAGGUAUGCAAAGCAAAGAAGAGGUACAGCUACUCAGACUGGCUAGACAAUCAAGCUCCUGAUUCUGUCAUAUAUGUUUCUUUUGGAACAACAACUAGUUUAACCAAUGAACAAAUCCAUGCCAUUGCGGUUGGCCUAGAGAACAGUGGCCAGAAAUUCAUUUGGGUUUUGCGAGAUGCUGACAGAGGAGAUAUAUUCGUGGGAGAUACUAGAGUUUGUCAAUUGCCAGAAGGGUACGAAGAAAGAAUAAAAUUGAAAGGACAGGGGAUUAUACUGAGAGAUUGGGCGCCACAGCUGGAGAUUCUGGCUCACGCGUCCACAGGAGGAUUUAUGAGUCAUUGCGGAUGGAAUUCAUGCAUGGAGAGUAUGAGUAUGGGAGUGCCUAUGGCAACAUGGCCUAUGCAUUCUGACCAGCCUCAUAAUGCCUUGUUGGUCACCAAGGUUCUGAAAAUGGGCGUUGUGGUGAAGGAUUGGGCGCAUUGGGAUGAGUUCGUGGAGUCUUUGACAAUUGAGAAAGCUGUGAAAGAGUUGAUGGCGUCGAAACAAGGAGAAGAGUUAAGGAGGAGGGCAGUGGAGUUGAGUACUGCAAUGAAGAGAUCAAUGGCUGAAGGAGGUGAUACUCAUAAAGAAUUUGGUGAUUUCAUCUCUCACAUAUGCAGGUAGAAUUUGAUUUUUAAACUAUGCAAAACUAAGCCCAGCGUAUUCUCCUCUGCUCUUUGUAACAAGAGAUUUGUGAGAGUAUUUGAAUUCUUUUUGAUUUACCGUCCACUAAUAAAAGAACACAAUUUGCAAAAGUUUGUCAUUUGUCAUUCCUCAGGUCUGGCUGUAAGGGAUUGACAUUUAUGUCAAUAACAUUCAGUAUGUGUAUGGCUAUAUCCGGUAGUAUAAUACUAGUAUAAGUUUUUGCCGAAGAUGCAUCA